AUGUGGAAAGGGUUCCUCCCGCCGGCGCUUCGCCGCCUCUCUCCUGCGGCUGAAUCUUCUUCGCCGCCCUUUCUGUUUUCUCUGUUCGCGGGAGGCGCGCAGCCGCGGCUUGCGACCGUCAGCGACCGGGGGGCGGCCUGCGGAGGGGGGCGAGGAGUCUCCCUCGAGUCCCUGACCCCUAAAAUGCGUUUCUGUCGAGCUGCGCGACCCCAGCUUUGCGUGCGCUGUAAGGUCACAUCUCAGCGGUCUCCUGUGCCUCGCGUCUUCCCUCCACUUCCCGCCGCCCGGGACCCUGCGACCGCAGGUUUCCGCGCGCGCACGAGCUUCUUCGCCUCCCUCGGUCUGCCUCCAGUCCUUCCGCGUUUCCGGACUCGCCCGCCAGCCCGUUUCGCCUCUACGAAGUCUCAAGCUGGCCGGCCGAGCAAGGCAGAGAUAGAGAGCCGCAGAGCUCGCCUCCAAGCCGUUCUCGCCGCUGGAGCCCGCCGCGUGCGCAACUUCUCCAUUAUCGCGCACAUCGACCAUGGAAAAAGCACGCUGAGUGACAGGCUCUUAGAGUCGACAGGCACGAUUUGCCGCGGGUCCAAAGCGCAGUUCCUCGACUCGCUGGAGGUGGAGACGGCACGAGGCAUCACGGUGAAAGCGCAGACGUGCUCGCUGCUCUACGCGCACCCCGACACUGGCGAGGACUACCUCCUCAAUCUGAUCGACACCCCAGGUCACAGUGACUUUUCCCACGAAGUCACGCGGUGCCUCACAGCGUGCCAGGGAGCGGUCCUGCUUGUGGACGGCCUGCAAGGCAUCCAGGCGCAGACGAUCGCACACUUUCGCCGCGCUCGGCAGCAGAAUGUGGAGCGACUCAUUGUUGCGGUGAACAAGGUUGAUCUCGCGGCGGUACCCGAGCAGUUUUCAACUGUGAAGGCGUCCAUCGCCGUGCUGACGGGCGAGCACGAAGACAACGUUUUGGCGGUUUCCGCUAAAACUGGCCAAGGAGUCGACAACUUGCUGAAAGCGAUCGCGGAGAAAGUCCCGCCUCCUGAAGGCAACGAAGCCGCGCCCGUAAAGGCGCUUGUCUUCGAUAGCUGGUUCGAUGCGAAGAAGGGCAUCGUCUUGCUCGUCGCGCUCAAGGAAGGCGUUCUGAAGCCAGGCGCCACUCUAGUCGCGGCGCAUGCGCGGAAAACAGUUCAGGUCAAAGACGUCGGCAUCCUCCAUCCGUUCAUGACGCCGACCAACGCCCUGCGAGCUGGCCAGGUAGGGUACAUUUGCUCGAAUAUAAAACGAGCCCAGGACGCCUGCGUCGGGGACACGCUCUUUCCACAGAACCACGUCGGCGAGGCGCUGCCGGGCUUCGGGCCGCCCAAGUGCACCGUCUACGCAGGCGUCUAUCCGGAGGCCGUCAUGGACUACGAAAAACUGCAAGUGGCCAUCGGGCGCUUGCUCCUGACAGACCCUGCGGUGGAGGCGAAGCCUGAGGUCAGCGCAGCGCUCGGUCAAGGCUUCAGGUGUGGAUUCCUUGGCAUUCUUCACUUGGACGUCUUCAAAGAGAGACUGAAAACUGAGCACGACGUGAGCGUCCUAGUAACGUGCCCGACAGUUCCGUACGAGGUGACGCCGAAGAAGAAGGGUGAGAAGAAGCUGACAGUACAGUCCGCGUCGGAUUUUCCUGAUUAUUUCGAGCGGGUAGAGGAGCCGAUGGUCGAGGCAACGUUGAUCGUGCCGCAGAAGGCAGUCCCCGCCAUACAGCAGCUCUGCAUGGAGAAGCGCGGCGAGGAGUUAAAAUACGAGUUGCUCGCGAGCGCUGGCGCAGACGCCAAGGAAAGCCGCGUCAUUCUUGUCUACAAGAUCCCGCUGGCAGAGGUCAUCCUCGACUUCUUUGACAAACUUCAAGCGCUCACCAGCGGCCUCAUCUCCUUUGACUACAUCGACGCCGGAACAGCCCCUGCGGAUAUUGUCAAAGUCGGGUUUCGCUUCAACGGGGAACGCGUGGAUGCUCUCAGCUUCCUCGCUCAGCGGGACAGGGCGCGAGAGCAGGGCAUCAAGUACACUCAGCGGCUGGCGAAACUCAUUCCCCAGCACCAGUUUGAAGUUGUCAUUCAAUGCAUUUUGAACGGGAAAGUCAUUGCACGCGAAGUUGUGCGCGCCGCGAAGAAAGACGUGCUCUCCAAAUGCUACGGCGGCGACAUGACACGCAAGAUGAAGCUACUCGAGAAGGAAAAAGAGCGCAAAAAGAAACUGAGAAGCAUAUCCAACGUCCGCGUGCCUCCCGAGGCCUUCUUCCAACUCCUUAAAAUCUGA